UACGUUGCACAAAAACGGUCACACUGAACGAUAGACGCUCCGUUCUGCGGAAAAUUUACUAUAUUUAAGUAAAAGACAACCAAACAAUGGCUGAUUCGGACGACGAGUACGACCGCAAGCGGCGGGACAAGUUCCGCGGGGAGCGCAGCGACAGUUACCGCACGGAACGCCGCGACGAGCGCCGCCCGGUGGGUGGCUCUGCCGGCGCCCGCGACGAGUGGUCGGAGCGCAAUCCAUUCAGGGGCGCGGCUUCAGCAGGCGGUGGCGGCGGCGGAGGAGGAGCCCGUCACAGGCCGGACUACAGCGACUACCGGGGCCCGGGGGCAAGGCCGCGUUAUGGGUCACCUGGCCGGGAUCUGCCGCCCGCCAAACGGAUGCGACCCGACUGGGGCGAUAGCGAUGUGCGUCCCAAUCCACGCUUCGGAGGCUAUGAUCCGUACUUGAUGCAGGCCUGGAACGAUCACUAUCAGUCCAUGCACUCGGCGUAUUCCCAUGCCGGCCAUGCACCACCUGCCCGGGAAUCCGUGAGCAGCGGCGGCGGCGGCGGCGACACGCUCACCCAGCCGGCCAUGCUCACCCUGAAGCAGUUUCUCGACACCCAGGACGAGAACAUCUCCGAUUCGGAGGUGAUGCGCAAAUACACCGAGUACAAGACGGACUUCAAGCGGCAGCAGCUAAACGAGUUCUUCGUGGCCCACAAGGACGAGGAAUGGUUCAAAAACAAAUAUCACCCGGAGGACAGUGUAAAGCGCAGCGAGGAACAACGUGGCUUCCUACAGAGACGCACCGAUGUGUUUGUAGAGUUGCUCGAAAACGGAACUAUUGGCGGUGUCAAGGUGGAUUCCUCGCAGGGCGAUGCCCUGAUCCGUGUAUUGGACACAUGUGUCAUAAAGCUGGAAGGCGGCACCGACGAGGACCUCAAAGUGCUCGACGAGAAGCCCAAGGAGCCGGUGGUCUAUGAGCGAAAGACGGAGCCCACUGACUCGGCCAAGAUGCCAGAGGAAGCAAUUAAGAGCCCCAAAGCAGAGAAGCAGAACGAGGAGGACUCGCUGCCAGUGGUUGUGUCACCACAGCGGAAAGCUGUGAAACCUGUCGCCUCCGACGAGGAAAACUGGGACGAUGAGGAAGCCGAAACUGCGCCACCCAAGAAGGAGGUGGCAGAGGAUUCCAAGGCCAACGAUUCCAGCGCUGAGGACAAGCAGGCGAAUAAAAAAAAGACGAAGAAGCGCAAACGGAAUAGCAGCGAUGAUGAUAGCUCCUCAUCCGACUCCGAUUCCAGCUCCAGCUCAGACGAUGAGAAGCUAAAAGAGAAGUACGAUGUGGAGGAUGGUCUGAGGAGCGAGCAAAAAGCCGAGGCGGAGAAGGACAGGCAGGAAGCGGCCAAAGCAAAGCAGGCACCGGAAAGUCCUAAACCGGAAGCGCCCAUUGAAAAGCCAGCGCCCGAGUCCGAAGAACCACAAGCAGAAGGCAAACCUGCCGAGAAUGACGAGGCAGGAAAGUCACCGGAGUCAGCUUCAAGUGCGCCCAAGGAGGCGGAAAAUGGAGACGCCAUCAAACUAGAAGAAGGAGAAGAAAAUGCUUCUGCUGAUGACAACAAAGCCGCUGAAACCGAGACCAUUGAUCUGGACAAAGUUAAGGAAUUCCAGCCAAGAGCCCUACACCGCACCUCCUCCAUUUUCCUGCGCAACUUGGCCCCCUCCAUAACCAGGGCCGAGAUCGAGGGUGUAUGCAACCGUUUUAACGGCUACCUAAGGGUGGCCAUUGCAGAUCCACUGGUUGAGCGCCGUUGGUAUCGCCGCGGAUGGAUAACCUUCAUGCGGGACGUCAACAUCAAAGAGAUUUGCUGGGGCCUGAACAACCAGCGGCUGCGAGACUGUGAAAUGGGUGCCAUUGUCAAUCGAGACCUGAGUCGACGGGUACGCCCAGCCAACGGAAUCACCGCCCACAAGCAGGUGGUGCGAUCAGACAUUAAGCUAUGCGCCAAGAUCGCUAUGAAUCUGGACGAAAGGUUCAAACUGUGGACGGAGCCGUCGGCAAACGAGGCAAACUCUGCCGGCGAGUCAUCGGCAAAUGGCAACGCCUCCACGUAUGGCUUCAAUUCGAAGAAUCCGGUGCUGCAAAACAUUACCGACUACCUCAUCGAAGAGGCGUCCGCCGAGGAGGAGGAGCUUCUCGGUCUCACCGGCGAAAACAAGGACAGUGAGGGCGAACCCAUCGAGCGAGACGAGCAAUUGAUAGCCGUUCUCGACCGACUGGUGCUUUACUUGCGCAUCGUGCACUCGGUGGACUAUUACAACCAUUGCGAGUAUCCGUACGAGGACGAGAUGCCCAACCGCUGCGGCAUCAUACAUGCCCGGGGUCCACCUCCUGCCCGGGUUACCAGCAACGAGGUGCAGGAGUACAUCAAGACGUACGAGAGCAAGCUGCAGCAGUUCCUCACCAAGGUUGUCCUACUCAGCGACGAGGAGAUUAAGGAUCUUGGCUCCAAGGACGCCGAAACGGAGGUGGAGAAGUUCGUGCAGGCGAACACCCAGGAGCUGGCCAAGGACAAGUGGCUGUGCCCGCUGUCGGGCAAGAAGUUCAAGGGUCCCGAGUUCAUUCGCAAGCACAUCUUGAACAAGCACGAAGAGAAGGUCGACGAGGUGCGCAAAGAGGUGCAGUACUUUAACAACUACCUGCGCGAUCCGAAACGCCCCCAGCUGCCCGAGCAUCCCGGCAGCUCUAAGCGCCCAGAAUCGGAUUCGGUUCGCGGCGGCGGAGGAGGCUAUCGAGCGCCCAUGUAUCCACCCUUUUCGGCGAUGCCCUACGGCUUUGGCCCACCCAUGAUGGGCGGUGGCCGUGGAGGACGCAACUUUCCUCCCGUUCGCAGAGAAUUGCCUUUGGAACACCAGCGCCGGCUUGUCGGUUACCAUGAUUUGGAUGCGCCUGCCAAUUCCGAUAUGUUUGACUAACUAAUUGAUUAGCACAAUACGAUACAAAAUACAAAUACAAAUGAAAACAAACAGGCCCACUCGAUGCAGCAAUUAUCGUUUUUUGGCGAGCUCAAGUUUUAAAUGCAAUUCAAGCAAUGCUAGCAAAAGUAUCUACUGCAUAUAAAGAUGGUUUAUAUAAUGCGACUACCGACUAUCCGUUUUCCUGUACAAUAUAUAUCAUGCCAAUUGUAUUAAGAAUCCGACAAAGAACGUUGCUAACUUUUAUUUACCCGAAAUAAAUGCGAAUCCAUAGACUAAUCAAAAA